CAGUGGAGUGUAUAGUUCCAGCACACUUGUAUGCAUAUUCAUAGCCCCUCACUCUCUCUCUCUCUAUAUUUGGUUUUUGUUGCUUCUUCGAUUGCUUGAACUAUUCCGACAUGGCUCCUAACAAAUGGGGGUUUUCUGCUUCUGGGUAGUUUUAGUACUCGAUUCUGCUUCCUCUGCUGUUGAUGUGAAUUAGUUUGUAUUAUCAAAAGGUAAGAAAGGAAAACAACUCUCGUGACGAGGCUUUCGUAGUGGAAAAUAUUUAAACCAGUAUCAUUUUGAAAGUGGUAUAAAUGGCCAUGCAAACUGUGUACUUGAAAGAACAUGAAGGAAUUGUCCAAAAUUCUAUUGGGCAGUUGUCUUCCAUACCAUCUGUGACUUGGUGGAAUGCCAUUUGUUCUCAAUCUGUACAUGGAGAUCUCAAUGGUAGAGACCAACUUACAGUCACUAAACAAGGUGGGCGGGUUGCUGAACACGGGCUCGACAAAGGUGAUUCAACUCACUUUACUAUCUUUCCUGAUUUUCUUUCAGGUGAUGGAAAAACCUCUGGGGAAGGAAAAAAACAUCAGGGGGCCAUCUCUAUACAAUCAUCUCCACAGGAAUACAGUAAUCACUUCGGCCUAGGGUUUGGUCAGCCUAUGAUCUGUGCAAAUGACCCUCACAUGGAUCAAUGCUAUGGACUAUUCUCAACUUAUGGGGCUCAAAUUUCGGGCCGUAUUAUGCUGCCAUUGAGCUUGUCAGCAGAUGAUGGACCGAUAUAUGUUAAUGCUAAGCAGUACAAUGGGAUCAUGAGGCGUCGACAAUCCCGCGCGAAAGCUGUACUUGAGAAUAAAAUAGAAAGAAAGCGCAAGCCAUAUAUGCACCAUUCACGUCAUCUCCAUGCACUUCGCCGACCAAGGGGAUGUGGUGGCCGUUUCUUGAACACAAAGACCAAGAAUGGCAAAAAAGGUGAACAUGAGAUGAUGAAAGCCAGUGAUGCACCAGUGCCUCAGCCUACCGGUUCUCAGAGUUCGGAAGUACUGCAAUCAGAGAGUGGAAAUCUGAACUCAUUCAAGGAAGCAAAUGGCAACUCAAAUCUUUCAGGGUCAGAAGUGACCAGUAUUUACUCUAGGGGAGGUCUCAAUCACUAUUCCAUCAGUUAUCUGGGCCCAUCUGUCCAACCUCUCUCAGGGUUUAUACCUGGGGGGCGUGGUACUGUCAUGCCCAGUAAGUGGGUUGCGGCAGCAAGUAACUGCUGCAACCAUAAAGAUUGACAACAAGGUCGAAAGUGGGUUUGGUGCAAGCUGUUGUGCCAAACCCUUGUUGCAACCAAAUGGAGAAGUUAUGUUACAUUUGCCCUACAGUAAUGUGACAGAUACUGAACUGGAGGGAUCCCCAUUUGGUUGUGCAGGCAACUCAUUCUUGGCUCAUGUGCAUUAAGGUAAUCUUUGCCAUUCCAUACAGACUCACUGUCUUGGAUGGUUAUAGAUUCUGCUGAAGCCUUAAUGCACUUUAAAAAAUUUGUAAAAUAAUGGGAAAAAGACUAGAACCAGUAGGUCUAUUCCUCUGGAUCUGAUAUUGGUGUGAAAUGGUCUGUGCUUUGUUAAUGUAAGGUUAGCAGCUCUGUGUGUUCCCAACUUUCUGGAAUAAUGUAUUGUGGAUAUUUGUGUGCCAGUCAUCUGGAAUAUCCUUUUCUGGGAUACUUUUGGUACAAAGGGUGGAAUAAAUUUGUGCACUCAUCUUUGUUUUCCCUA